AUCAGUUUGCAUUAUCAUUCGGAUUAGUAAACAAUUAACUUACGCCCAACUUGAAAAAAUCAAAAAUAAGAAAAAUGAAAUUCAUCAUUGUCUUCGCUGCUAUUUUCGCUGCUGCUUUGGCUGCUCCCCAACAUUACGAGCAUCACGAUCAUCAUGAUCAUUACGAUCAUGCCGAGAUUCUCCGUUACGAAUCUGAUGUUCGUCCCGAUGGUUACAAAUUCGGUUUCGAAACCUCCGAUGGUACUCAACACGACGCCGAAGGACAAUUGAAGAAUCUUGACAAAGAACACGACGCCCUCGUUGUGCAUGGCAGUUUCUCCUUUGUCGACAAAGAGGGACACAAAUAUCUAGUCGAAUAUGUUGCCGAUGAAAACGGUUACCAACCAAAGGGAGCACAUUUGCCUCAUGCUUAAGUCUAUGUUUAAUGUAUCGAUAAUUUGAAUCAUCUCUUUUCACCAAAAGCAAAGGAAAAUAAAAAAAUUAACUAA